AUGUCUGGUCAAAGCCGGUCACCAAUUAUCGUUCAGACAAUUGGUACAUUGAGAACCAUUGGGCGCUGCACUCUAUGCGGAAGAGUAGCUCCGAACCUCAAAUCCAGUCGCGGCAGCCUUGGACCAGCAGCAAGCAGUUCCAGUCCUGCUGCGUGGGAGGCGUCGGUGGUGGACGACCUGGCAGAAACACAGGCCUCUACGAGGAGUCAUUUGCUUGGAUCCCCGGCUGCUGCAUCGGCUCAGAAUCUGGGCCGUCCCACAGUUGGUCCCACUGGAGUCUCUUGGAAUCCGUAUCGUCCUCCAAAGCAUGGCCUGUGCACUUCAGACGUCACCAAGGAGCUGUUGCUGCCAGCAGAACUGGCCAUGGAAAGCAAGAAGUGGCAGCCGGAGCUCAAGGACGAUUUGGGGAAGCCCCAGAUCGAUGGUUCCGGUGGUGUGGAGCUUCCGAUCACGGUGACCAUCCCGAGGACGGAGGCUGAAAGUGGCUUGCUGGGAGGGAAGCACACUAUCUACGUGCUGCAGGUGACCUCCUUUGGUCUCACGAGCCUUUGCAAGCACAGCUUCGAGGAUUUUGAGCAACUUCAUGCUCAAAUUUCGAGCAAGGUCUCUUUCCAACUUCCAACUUUGCCUCGAAAUUACUGGUGGGGCAACGAUGACCCAAACACUGUGCAGGAGCGUGUGCCUCGUUUGGCCGUCUUCCUGCAGCAGUUGUUGGCGCAGCCAGACAUUUUGUCGGACGGUGAAGAACUACUGAUGCGUUUCUUGAACAUGCCCAAGGCGGGACGGGGAUGA